GGUUCAGCUAGCAAGCUGGCUAUUCACUCCAGUUAUUUGUGAAGUAAUUGGAGUGAAUAGCCUGCUCACAAAACACUGCUAGCCCAGCUAGCAAACUAACCUCAAUCUCAACUCUGAUCUCAGAUGGUAGUCGGUUGCUAUCUGUUAAAUUGCUUGCUAGCUUUAAAAUCUGUCUCAACCAGAUAUGAUGUGGUUGUGCGUGUAACUUAUUUCCCCAAGAAAACUGCUUGGUUUAAUUUAGGAAAUUGGCUAAAUCAGACGUUUUUACACAAAAAUUUGAAACCAUACAGGCAUCUGAAGGAUUAGUAGUGUUAAUCAACAGAGGUGCAGUCCAAAACAACGGUCUAAAACUGUAUUAACGUCCAGACUAACCAAAAAACACUGCUCUGACGUUGCCUUUACCAUUCUUAACAAGACGCUGCUUUUAUGUUACAAUACCAUUCCCAGAUUUUCCCAGACAGUGUUUCAGCUUUAUUUUUUUUAUUAUAUAAAGUGCAUCGUGUGUGCAGGGGUGAACGGGACGCUUCCAUUGGUGGAUUGAUUGCUUCAACUCAUCUGAAGGAUUUCUCUUUCCCUGUAGACUCUGUUUUGAACUGUAAAAGCUCUCCCAAUUUAUUAUCUCCCCCCCACGGGUAACGCGCUUCAGGACACCCCCAACGAAGAGCAGGUGCUAGAGCGUAUCUCUUGACUGUACUAUAUUUCCAAAGCCAAUGGCAGAACUAAUUGGGUUCAAACCUCCUUAAGGGGGCAGUGCACCACUCUGGAGUUCAUAAGAGCAAAGGGAGGCGAGGCUCUGAUGAUGGAGAAUGGACAGAGCACGGCCUCGAAGCUCGGCCUGCCCCCUCUCACCCCUGAGCAGCAGGAGGCACUGCAGAAGGCAAAGAAAUAUGCCAUGGAGCAGAGCAUAAAGAGUGUGCUGGUGAAACAGACCCUCGCACACCAGCAGCAGCAGUUCACUAACCUGCAGAUGGCCUCCCUGACGAUGGGCUUUGGAGAUCCUCUCUCGCCUUUACAGUCGGUGGCCGCGCAGCGCCAGCGGGCUCUCGCCAUCAUGUGCCGGGUCUACGUGGGCUCCAUCUACUACGAGCUCGGCGAGGACACCAUCCGGCAAGCCUUCGCCCCCUUCGGCCCCAUCAAGAGCAUCGACAUGUCCUGGGACUCUGUUACAAUGAAGCACAAGGGCUUUGCCUUUGUGGAGUACGAGGUGCCCGAGGCGGCCCAGCUGGCUCUGGAGCAGAUGAACUCCGUCAUGCUGGGAGGAAGGAACAUCAAGGUGGGCCGGCCGAGCAACAUCGGCCAGGCGCAGCCCAUCAUCGACCAGCUGGCGGAGGAGGCCCGCGCCUUCAACCGGAUCUACGUCGCGUCCGUCCACCCCGACCUGUCCGACGAGGACAUCAAGAGCGUCUUCGAGGCCUUCGGGAGGAUCAAGUCCUGCACGCUGGCGAGGGACCCCACCACGGGCAAGCACAAGAGCUACGGUUUCAUCGAGUAUGAGAAGGCCCAGUCGUCCCAGGACGCGGUCUCCUCCAUGAACCUCUUCGACCUGGGGGGCCAGUACCUGCGGGUGGGGAAGGCCGUGACCCCGCCCAUGCCCCUCCUGACCCCGGCCACGCCCGGCGGACUGCCCCCCGCCGCCGCCGUGGCAGCGGCUGCAGCCACCGCCAAAAUCACUGCCCAGUUCUUCCAGGAAGCUGUAGCAGGAGCGUCCGUGCUGGGGGCGCUGGCCUCCCCCGCCCUGUCCCUCACCCAGCAGCUGGGGGGCCUCCCCCAAGCCGUCAUGGCAGCCCAGGCGCCGGGCGUCAUCACAGGGGUGACCCCGGCGCGGCCGACCCUGUCCGUGCUGCCCCAGGUGGGCCUGGUGAACCCGGUGCUGGCCUCCCCGCCCGUGCUGGCCACCGCGGUGGCGGCGGCCCAGGAGGCCAAGAAGGAGGAGGAGGAGGCCUUGCAGGACGGCACGGGCCAGGAGAUGCUGAGCGAGCAGGAGCACAUGAGCAUCUCGGGCAGCAGCGCCCGCCACAUGGUCAUGCAGAAGCUGCUGAGGAAACAGGAGUCGACGGUCAUGGUGCUGCGGAACAUGGUGGGGCCGGAGGACAUCGACGACGACCUGGAGGGUGAGGUGACGGAGGAGUGCGGCAAGUUCGGCGCCGUCAACCGCGUCAUCAUCUACCAGGAGAAGCAGGGCGAGGAGGACGACGCCGAGGUCAUCGUCAAGAUCUUCGUGGAGUUCUCCAUGGCCUCGGAGAUGAACAAGGCCAUCCAGGCGCUCAACAACCGCUGGUUCGGCGGCCGCAAGGUCAUCGCGGAGGUGUAUGACCAGGAGCGCUUCGACAACAGUGACCUCUCCGCAUAAACUGUCCUCAGACCCCGCCGAGAAAAAAAAAAAACACCUCUCACAUGGCUGCCACCACUGCUACGAGUGACGCUGGCAUCUCUUUUUAACUUGUAAUUAUUUUUUUAUUGAUGUUGAUAUUAAUAUUAUUAAUGAUCCCGUUGGGAGAUACAAGGAA